AUUUUAUUUCAUAUACUUAUGGCGUUAAUCUACUAUGAUCAAACCAUCAAAGGUUCCUAUGAGCUUGUAAUGGCUGGCCUUAGCGAAUCCUCAAGUGCUAUCUCAAUUCAUGAACUGGGUAAUUAUGUAUCCCAUCAAACACAAUUUCCACGCAGCGUGUGCUACAAAAUAAUCAAGGAAGUCCUAGAUAAGGGCUUGACAUGCAAAUCUAUAAGACAAGUGGGCGAUCUUUAUAUUACAGUACCGACUGAGCUCUUACCCAAUGCGAAGACCAAAGAACAAUCAAGAUUUAAGAACGUGAAAAAUUUAAACCAAAACAAGAAUUAAAUUUAAAAUAAGAUAAAUAGUUGCAGAUAAUCGAACCAAUGCGAUGCUAAGCGUAGCAAAGUCAACAACCGACAGAAAUAAUUUACUUAAAACUCUAUAAUCAUUUUAAGUAUGAGUCAAAAGUGCUGCACAAACAUUUUAUAAAA